UCCAUAUCGACAACUCAGCUUUGAUUUUUCAGGCAACUAAAAUUUACUUCCUCCAAGUAACUUUCUCCUUUGAGUUUGACUUCACUUGUUGCAUUUCUAUUCUCCGUCUCCCAAUUUCAGUCAUAAUGAGUCAGUACAUUGUUAUUACCGACGAUGAAAGCAAGCCCGAUAGUCUUGUCGAGGUUCCUCUUGAGGAAGAUGGAAUGCUUCUUGUAACAACGCUCGAAAGUCAGUUCGCUGGAGCUUCUGGUCUCAAGUACCGAGCAGCAUCAGGAGCUUUCCGUGGCCUUAGAGUGGCUGACGACAAAGUCCAUCCACCUACAGAGGGAUGGGAAACAGCUGCUAAUUAUGUGGUUGUCUGUACAGCGAAACGUAAGGCUGACUCCAGCCUGGACGGCCCACCAGCCAAGUUGUCGAAGUCCAGGGUCGAGGAGACAGAUGUUACGGACAGUGACCUCAUUGUACUCGGCAUUCCCUACACGUUCACAACUGCCGACCUUCAAGCAUUCUUCUCGCAGUUUGGACAACUAAAGGUGUGCCAGGUUGUCCUUGAUAACAAGACUGGACAGUCGAAGGGCUUUGGCUUCAUUCGCUUCAUGGAUGGGGAGACUAACAAGUCGGUGGAGGCGACGAAAUUCUACCAAGUCGGUGGCCGUCGUUGCGAAGUCAAGCUCCCUCAGAGACGGAGUACCGGUGGCCAGUCAAGUGUCACCAAGCUCUUUGUCGGCUGCCUGACGCAGCAGAUCACGCGCGACGAUCUCCUAGCCUACUUUGCAAUGUAUGGUGAGGUGACGGAUGUGUACGUGCCAAGCCCGUUCCGUGGAUUUGCCUUUAUUACGUUUGCUGACCCACGUGCGGCCAGUGCUGCUCUGGAUACUGGCAAUCACGUCCUGAACGGUGUGCAGAUCAAUGUCACCGUGCCCAACCCACGCAAGAAGGAGCAAAACAACUCUCAGCAAGUGGCCAAUGCAUUUGCGUCGCAGGCGCUAACAUCUCAGGCCCUACUGCAGCAGCUCGCUUUGGCAGGCACAGGACUGAACAGUGCCAGCUUGUCGGGUGCUGCUGGCUUAGGUGCAGCCGGAUUAGGUCUCGAUCUCAACACGCUAUCAAGUUUAGCUACCCUUGGAGGUGCAGCUGCCCUGGGAAAUCCUGCCGCGACAACUACAACGAAGACAGCACCAACAACCUCCUACAAGUGGUAACAGGGUUUCUUGUUGUAAUGAUAGGUCUGUGGGUGUCUGUGUGUGUGUGUGUGUGUGUGUGUUCCUGCGUGUGCCUGUGUGGGUGUGUCUGUGUGUGAUGAUGAUGAUGUGUGCAUGGCUCAAUGAGUGUUGUGAGCUACCCGCCAUACUAGGCAUUUGUACAUACUAAGCCCUCGUCUUUAUCCUUUAGUGCUCAUUUUUUAUCAUAUUCUGUGUUUGCUUUGUGUGUGUGUGUGCGUGUUUGAUUAUAAUUUGUAGGCUCUUAAUUCACCUAGCCUGCCUGCACUUAUGGUGGUCUAUUUUAGCGGUGUAUGCUCCUGUUUAGGAUUUGAUUGUUUUGAUACACAUGCGCUUGUGUGAUGCUGUUGCCAUGCUGUACAAAAUUACCAUCACUGGCUCUA